CUCCGCGCGUUUGGUGUAGGGAUAGCAGCACACACAGAGAGAAGCCGACAGUAGCAACUACAGGAGUGUCUGUGGAGGGGUGUGGACUGGACACCCGGAGAUGGUGUAAACAAACGCUAUCGCCUAUUACCGAGCUCCAGGAAGGAGUGACACCAUGUUGACUAGGCUCUUCAGCGAGGUUCUGCCGGAUGUCCAAAAGCUCGCGGGAUGGGCGGACGACAGUGAAAGUGAGGACUCCAAAACCAAGGACGACGACCAAGAUCACCUUGGAGACGAGGACUUGGAUGACGGUGAUGCAGCAGAGGGAAGCAGCAGGGCUCAGUCCGAGAUGGCUGGCGAUGACGACGACGAUGACGAUGCUGAGGAUGAGGACUGUGGAGAUGAAACAGAGGGAGACAAACCCAAAAAGCGCGGCCCAAAGAAACGGAAGAUGACCCCUGCCAGGAUGGAGCGUUCCAAAGUGCGACGUCAAAAGGCCAACGCCCGCGAGCGCACUCGUAUGCACGACUUGAACUCUGCCCUGGACAAUCUGCGCAAAGUUGUGCCCUGUUAUUCCAAAACUCAAAAGCUAUCCAAGAUAGAGACACUGCGGCUGGCUAAAAAUUACAUUUGGGCCCUUGGAGAGAUUUUGCGCAAUGGGAAACGACCGGACGUUGUAUCAUACGUGCAGACACUGUGCAAGGGCCUCUCACAACCCACAACUAAUUUAGUGGCAGGUUGCUUGCAGCUCAACACUCGGAACUUCUUGACAGAACAGUGUCCAGAUGGGUCUCGGUUCCAUGUCCCAAACUCUCCUUUCUCCGUGCAUCCAUAUUCUUAUCCGUGUCCUCGUCUGUCUAGUCCUCAGUAUCAGCCCGGUUCUAGUGCACACAAUGUGCGGAAUCAUUCCUAUGGUUCUGGCUAUGACGCAGUCUAUCAAGGGGGGGCAUCUCCGGACUACAACAGUCCGGACUAUGAGGGCCACCACAGCCCACCCGUGUGUGUAAACGGCAACUUCUCAGUGAGACAACAGGAGUCGGUAUCGCCUGAUACAGACAGGAACUAUCAUUAUGCUAUGCACUAUUCCGGAUUGCCCGGCUCUCGCCCUCCAGCAGCACACGGCUUGCCGUUUGGUCCCUCAGGAGCGCGCAGCGGUGGCGCGCAUUCAGAGAACAUUCCGCCGUUUCAUGACGUGCACUUACACCAUGACAGGGCGCCCGCUUAUGAAGAACUGAACGCCUUUUUUCAUAACUGAACCCCAAUCUUCUGAACAAUCCUUAACGAAGCAAAUCACUGACAAUCCAAUGUAUUAUUACCCAAGCUGACACCGUUUUUGAGAGGAGAGAAAAAUGAGAUGGAAAUAGUCCUGAAUUCUCAUUGUUGGUCCUCUGUUUUAUUGAUGUCAUCCCAAAAUAAUAAUUAUGUACAUUUUAUCAAGGUGUGUCAGAAUUCAAUACUAAUCAAAUGUCCACCUGUAUGCAGAAUAUGAGUGCAAUCACAUUAAAUGCUGUAUAGGCCUACAUGAACAAAACAUGUUAUGAAACAAGAAAAUAAAAACAAGA